GUUUAGACUCAGGUGGAGGAGCAUAAGAUCAAUAAUUUGACUACAUAGAAAUGGGCGGAAUAACUUUCAAAUAUCAGGUCCAUUCACAAGGAACAUUGUAGCUGAAUAACUGAACUGACCGCACUUAAGAACAUCAAAGAUCUAGAUCGUUUUCUUACGGCCGAUCGCGGCCCCAAAAACUAAACAACCCAUCCUUGUUCGUCUCAAAGACAUUGGAUAUUAAGCAAACCUUGAGCAAAGUUUCAAGUAGUGAGUUACACAAAAUUGGUUUGUCGUGAUUCUCGCGCUAGUGAUAAGUCGCAUGAUAUUACUCAAGCUGCGUUCACUGGUGUAUGCUCAUAAAAACGGACAGUUGACUAAUACUGGGUAUAAGAAAUGUCGCGUGGUUACCUAGGAAACCACAAAGACGAUGGAUGGUCAGGAUAUGGUGGAUAUAUGCGUGCUAAGAUAUCGAAAUUGGAAAAGCAAUUCAAUGAACAAAGCGAAUCUGGUUUAUCAUUAUUCAGUGGUGUCUCUAUUUAUGUGAACGGUUACACAGACCCACCUGCUUUGGUCUUACGAGAUUUAAUAAUACGCCAUGGAGGUCGUUACCAAGCAUACUACAGUCGAUCAGCAGUUACUCAUGUGAUUGCCAGUCGUUUACCUUAUGGAAAACUAAAUAAACUCUCAGAUGAGAAGUUAGUCACUGCAAAUUGGAUUACUGAAAGUAUUGAAGCUGGUAAACUUUUACCAUGGCAAAGUUACCAGCUGUAUCCAACUCAUCGUUCUGGAACUGGGCAGAAAACUCUGAAGAUUAUACCUGUUAUUCCCGCAGAUGAGACAAAUUCUGACAAAUUAGAAAUAGUUUCACCGCCUACUGUUACAAACACAAAUAAAGAUCCAAAUACAAAUGUAAUUACAGAAAUGUCCUCCUGCAGUACACAUCAAUUGUCAUCUUCAAGCGACAAACAAGCUCGAGUUCAUCAAAUGCGUGUCGAUGAGUGUUUAUCGUUAAAUCAUGUGUUAAAAACAGAUUCUUAUGAUAGUUUAAAUAGAAAUGUCCAAAAGAAUAGUCCUCUAAAACCUGCAAUUACAUUGAAACAACUUCUGAACAGUAAACUUGACGGUGAUACUCUUCAAACAACCAAUCUGAUUAAAGAUGAAGUACCUUCAUCUGUUGCUUCCCAUACAUCGAUACAACAAACCUCAUUGAAAGCAUCGCUAGAUCAAAAAUUAGCUACAUUUUAUUCCCGUUCACGCUUACAUCAUCUUUCUUCUUGGGCUAAAGAUCUACAUAGCUUAGUCGAAGAGAUGCGUAAGAAUCCUGAACAUAACUGUGAUUUAGGCAUGAAAUGGUAUAAUCAAAUUUCAAGCGAUUUAUCUCCAUCCAGAAAUAACAAAAAAACGAUUGAGUUACGUGCACGAUAUGUUCAUUGUAAUCAUUCUAAUUCUUAUCCGCUAUCAAAACCACAAAAGCCUCAAAUUAUAUUUCAUAUUGAUAUGGAUUGUUUCUUUGUAUCUGUCAGUAUUCGAAGUAGACCAAAACUCAAAGACAAGCCAGUUGCUAUUACACAUGCGAAAAGCUCACGUGGUUUAUUUAACGACAUUAGAAGUAGUAAUAAACACACGGAAUCGAUGUCUGAAGUUGCUUCCUGUUCAUAUACUGCUCGUCAGGCUGGAGUGAAAAACGGAAUGCUUCUAGGAAGAGCCAAACAACUAUGCCCAGACUUAAUUGUUUUACCGUAUGAGUUCGAGGCUUACAAAUCAGUAUCAGAGCUGCUAUAUAAUACAAUUUCUCGCUUCACUCGAGACAUCCAAGCGGUAAGCUGCGAUGAACUGUAUGCUGAUUGUACAGAACUACUAACUUAUUCGAAUGAAAACGAGAUCAAACCGAAACUCCAUGAUGGUAAUUGGGAAGUUACCUAUCAAAUCAUUAAUCCGUUAAUUUUGGGUAGUUAUAUACGAGAAUUAGUAAAAGACAUCACUGGUGGAUGCACAGCUUCUAUUGGAUUUGGUACAAGUAAAUUAUUGGCACGUUUAGCCACAAAGAAGGCUAAGCCCAACGGCCAAUAUUGGCUUCUUGGCCGCUCUGGAAGCGCAUGUCCAAAACUUGAUAGGCCAACAAAAAGGGGAAGCUGGAGGUGGUAUUCUUCAGAAGAGAAUGUAGAACAGCUAGAUGUCCACUCGGAAUGUGAAUUAACCGGCGAUGAGUACAAGUGGCUGUGUGACCUACCCCUCACUGAAAUCCCAAGUAUCGGCAGAUCCCUAGCAGGUAAAAUAUUUCAAGCAUUUGAUGCAAAAACGUGCGGCCAACUGAUGUCCGAAGUCUCUCACAAUCAAAUCACAAACUUACUUGGAAAGAAGACUGGUAGUCGUGUUUACAUGGCAUGUCGCGGAAAGGAUUUGGAUAGUUUGCAUUUCGAGAAGGAAUAUAAAUCUAUAUCAGCAUCAAUGAACUACGGAAUUCGAUUAAGCUCACAAUCUGAAUUAGAAGCCUUAGUACAUUCACUAUGUGAAGAAUUGAGCUCUAGAAUGCGAAAUAUUAAAAUGAGUUCAAUGAAUGCCGGCUGUGUAGGAAAAUCGCUAACCGUCAGAUUAUACCUACGACUUCCUAACGCACCCGCACAGACUUCAAAAUAUAUGGGUAAGUGGUAUGGAGUGUAUCUUUAUAAUGCAAUUAGUUUCCUAUGUACUUACACUUUUUCCAAUUAAGCUUACUUAUACACGGACGUUACAUGUCACUAAAUUAUUUGAAAAGAAAAAUACUUCGUUUAUAACUUCGCGGCAUUCCUUAACUCAUCCGUAUUCAUGAUACCGAUUAACUACAGAAAUGCCGACAGUGUAACUUGAACUUUCAAAAGUUGUACGCCCAAAAUAUAUAAACGCUUGGCAACUGAAAAUUGCAUAACCUGAACCAGUACAGAAUAACUAGUUGUAUUUCAGCUUAUUCUUGAUUCCGUUUGUUAAAAUGACAAUAUCACCAAACAUCAAUAAAAACUACCACAAUAAGUAAAAUAUUUACUCAAUUAUUACAAUAUCAUUACAAGACAGUAGUAGGUAUAUAAAAAUUUACUACUAAAUAUCAACUAGUGCACUGGAAUACACUAGGUAUCUAAAAAUCUAUCGGGUAAAAGUUUACUAAUUAAAUCGAUAUAACAUUAACGUCUGCACCUGCUGUCCUGUUCAAAAUCUUUAGCUUGAAAAACAUGGGCAAACGGGUUAUUUAGAUAAAGACAGUACUAUACUCGUUCGUGCAUUCGAUUAAUUAAGCAUCCUUCGCACUAAGCUAGAUAAGCGUUGAAAAGUAUAAGUGCCGAUACUUUUUAAUGGUAUUUAAAGAGAGUUAAUCUCAUGAAGAACGUUGUGCUACUUUUGGAUUUCUCUAAAUAAAAAUUUUCGAAACAUCUAUUACAUGUAGUAAUAUAUGUCAUUUGACUCAGAACUGACAGCAUUUAUAGUAAUAAAUGAACCUCAUGGUAAGUUAGUUGUUUAACAAUGCGAAAGCGGAUUAAGGAUUGUAAACUAUGUAUAUGGGUCAGUUUAGAAGUCCUUACUAUCAGGAUAAACACUUGAACAUAAAAAGGUUCUAUUUUUUAUUAUUUUUCAACGAUACUGGGAAUAAUUCGAUCGGAAAAGACGCGCUGUGAGAUAUGAGUGACAGUUUUUAGCUAAACCGACGUUUUUUUAGUAAAUAAUGUACAGGUAUGUAAACAAAUAUGUCAGCACCGCUGAAAUAAUGUUUGAUGCAUAACGUGUGAAACGCACGGGGAUUCUUAGUAAGUAGCUGGGUUGUUAAUAUGUUACGCGAAAUCAAGCAUCAAUUAAGCAACGACGGAAGACAGGCCUACUCAUUUACAUUAAACUUAAGCGAAUAUCUUAUACGUAAAAUUAAAUCUACUUUUACUGCGCCUGUUGACUGUUUUGUGUUGUAUGUGAAAAAUUCUAGUUUUGGCUUACACCUGUUUCUCGAUCAUUGGUCGGAUGAUCGAAUCAAUUUAAUAACAAAGUUUAGAGUUUUGUCCUACUGAUCUAAUUAUUUAAUUUCUACUGAAGGACCAUAAAUCGCAAAUCUUAUAUCUCCAUAAUAGCAUUUCCAUACACAGGAUGCGCAUUUAUCGAUGCACAUUCACGUAAAAAAUAUAGUAUGAAAAUGUUAUCUACAAAAUACAAACGAAAUAAAACCCCAAAUUUGCGUCUUAUACAUCAUUUAAUUAAUCAGAUAUGUAUUUUCAAUCUCCAGUUAUAUGAUACGCAAACAAAUCGAUCCUUACUUCCUAAUUUAGGUCAUGGUUUAUGUUCAAUAACCAAUCACACUAUACAAAUGACUGAAUAUACAGCAGAACCUACAAUCCUUUAUCGAUAUGCAGUAAAAACAGUUAAUCGAUUAUGUCCUGAACCAAAAGAUUUACGGGGAAUAGGAUUGCAAGUUCAUCAGCUACAGAACGGAGGCUCAAGGGUUAAUUGUAUGAAGAUUAUGAAUCCAUGUAGCAACGAUCAAACCGUUAAGGAAAACGACCAGUCACUUCGUUUGCCAAAAACAAACAACUUGGUGAACUCCCAAUGUCAGCAAAUUAGUGUGACCGACAAUGAAGACCAACGUCGUCAAGAAUUAAACAUCACGGAUGUUGAGAAAGAUAUUCCAAACGAUUGUAACCGAUUGGGACAUUUAGAGGACAGACAUAAUACCAACGGAGUACUCGAAAUACAGAAAAAUGUGACAUCAUGUAGUUCAAACUAUAUGCCCAUCGCAACUCCAGUAAAACAAAGAAACAUAUCAGUGAAUGGCAGAAAGUUGCAGAAAAAGCGCGUAUGUAAGGGAGGAAAAUUAUCAGUAGUCAAGAGUGCACGACUUCAAAAGACGAAUUGUAAAUCCAUUUCAAAACACAUAAGUAUACCUACUCCCAUGAACUCCAUAAAACCUGAGAUACCACAACUCGGUUGCUUAACACAGGCAAUGGAAGACCCGAGUGGCUUGUUCACCAAUAAAACAUUGACAGAACUUCAACAAAUUUUUGGUGAUUGGAUAACUAGUGAAGCAGUGCCCCAAAACGAAGAUAUACAAAUUUUGACCAAUUACCUUUCAUCUCUGGUGAAUACAAAUUUGGAGCGAAUUCGCUCAGUACUUAUACUCCUUGAUAGACUUAUAACAAGACUUGCGCAUCCAUCCGAUGGUAGUUGGACAAAAGCAUAUCAAUCAAUACUUGAUACAUUAUCGGAAUCAAUUAAAGAAAAGUACAGUGGAUUCAAUUUGAAACUUCGACUAGCAGAGUAAGAAAAAUAAGUUUCCAAUGUUAAAACAUUUUAUAAAAUUUUCUUGCCAAAAGUAAUAAAGUUUCUCAAGAAUCCGCU